AUGGACCUGGCCCCGUCCGCCACGGGCCUUCCCACAGGAGAUCCCGUGCCCUCCGCACCUGCCGCGCCGCCUCCCAAGGCCAAGCCGCUGCCCAUCAAGGCCCUCCUCGAGGCCGCGCCCUCCAACAUUGACGCCUUCCUCGCCCACCUCCAGCGCUGCCUCCAGACGCCCUCGGGCAUCGACACAUGCCUGCUCCUCGCCUGCUACUCCACUCGCCUGACGGGCACCCUGCUCGAGUACCUCACGGCCCCGGCCAUCCGCCGCAGCGCAGAGCAGCUCCUCGCCAUCGCCAGCUCCCUCCCGCCGUCCGCCACUCUGGUCUUUAGCUCAAAGGCCUUCCCCUCGCCCAGUGUCGCCGCGAUCCUUGAGCUGUCGAAGCGCCUCAAGGCGUUUGCCGGCCUCGUCAGCGAAGGACGCAUGUUCCUCCGCCUCUGGGGCCUGAUUGGCAUGUAUUUCUGGGCGAGGGGCCUCGUCUUCAAGCUCAUCGCCUCCAGGAGGGCUUCAGCAUCGGGCGGCGCCGGCGAUGGCGACGACAAGUCGACAGCCCUACCCAAAGAGAGCCUGAUCGACACCACCAUUGCCUGGACCCAGCUGCUCUCCUGCAUCGCCUUCCAGUCUCUCGAGAACCGCGCCUUCCUGGCCAGCAAGGGCGUCCUCGGCCUCGACGGGCCGGGCCAGGUCAAGACCUUCCGCUGGGCGACGCGCUUCUGGGGCACCUUUGUCGGCAUCGAGAUCGGCCGGCUGCUGUAUGAGAAGUACAAGCGCAGCAGUGCCGUCUCCUCCCCGGCUUCGUCUGCGGACAACAAGUCCGUCGCCGUGAUUGAGCAGGAAGAGCGCGAGUGGACAGACACCUGGCGCAAGAGCCUCGCGCGCAACUGCGCGUGGUUCCCGCUCACGGUGCACUGGAGUCUGGAGCAGGGGCUCGUCAACGAGCUCACGGUCCCCGCGCUCGCGCUGGUGCCUGGCAUCAUACAGAUCCGGGACUUGUGGAAGCGCACGGCGUAA